AUGACAUUGGGAGAGUCUCAUACUUGGACAUUGAUUGCAUGCAACCUUGCCGUCUUUUUUCUCUGGCGUUUACCUCCACUCGGUCAUUUUAUGAACAGGAAUUUCGUUCAUCACUCUCAUAGUCGUCGCAUCUAUACCAUGGUUACAAGUGCAUUCAGUCAAAAAGGAGUCGCACAUUUAGCUUUCAACAUGUUCGCUUUGAAUAGUUUUUUUAUAUCGAUGCAUUAUUUGCAUCCAAUGACCCACCAAGAAGCUAUUGCCUUUUAUCUGUCCACCGCCGCGUUAUCCUCGUUGGGAUCGCAGGUGUUUAUGAGAUUAUCAAAAAACACUACUAUGAGAUCAAGUCUUGGAUCAAGCGGCGUUGUCUGGGCUAUUGUUGCUUUUGUUGCCUACCAACGACCCGAAUCACAAGCAGGAAUCAUUUUUAUUCCUGGUGUCGAAAUGCCGCUUGGAACCCUUGUAUCUGGGUUUAUUCUUUUGGAUCUUGCUGGGUUACUUAUGAAAUGGAAACAGUUUGAUCAUGCUGCACAUUUAAGCGGUGCACUGGCUGGAUACCUCUAUUCAAAAUAUGGAUCUACAUUAUGGAGUGAUUGUCAACGAUACAUUCUACAAAAAUGGGUAAACGAUUUAAAAAAGGUUCAAAUUUCUAAAAAUAAAAAAUAA